UACAGCUGCUGUCGCCUCACACGUUACAAACACACAGCUCGUCACACUGCGGAUACGCCUGUGAGCAUCGGUUUAGUCUCAGCAGACAUGGCAGCAGCUGCAGUAAUCUCAAACAGGAAUGUGGUGGAGAGGGUGACCAGCCUCCCCCUGGUGAGCUCCACCUAUGGCCUGGUGUUCAGCGUGUACGCCAACACCAAAGACACCCACCCUUACAUCAAGAGUGUGUGCGAAGCUGCCGAGCAAGGUGUCCGGAGCAUCACCUCUGUGGUCUUCACCACGGCUUCGCCCAUCAUCGACAAGCUGGAACCUCAGAUUGCCAUUGCCAAUAACCUGGCCUGUAAAGGUUUGGACAGGAUUGAGAAAACCUUGCCAAUUCUUCACCAGCCAUCUGAGCAGAUUGUUUCCAGUGCCAAGGAUGUGGUAACCACCGCUAAAGAUGUUGUGACAUGCACGGUGACCGGUGCCAAGGACUCCGUCUCGGACACUCUGAACUGUGCCGUGGAAAGGACUCGGGGUGCGGUGCAGGACGGCGUGGAGAGGACCAAGGCGGUCGUCAGCGGGAGCGUCAGCACGGUGCUGGAGAGCAGAGUGGCCCGGCUGGUCAGCAGCGGGGUUGAUACAGCCCUGAGCACCUCUGAGAGUCUGGUGGAGCAGUACCUGCCUCUGACGGAGGACGAGCUGGAGUUGGAGGCGAAAACCGUGAGAGGCUUUGACAAGAAGGAGCCGAGCUAUUAUGUACGUCUCGGUUCCCUCUCCACCAAGUUACGAAAGCGGGCGUACACCAGGGCCAUAGCCAAAAUCCAAGACGGCAAGCAACGAAGCAAGGAGUUCAUCACCGAGCUGCAAUCCACCAUCGACCUGAUUGAAUACGGCAGGGAGAACUUUAAAGGGGCCAACCAGUUAGUAAAUGAAAAGCUGAGCUCCCUGGUGUCAUGGGGGUCCUAUAGUCCAAAUCAGAAGAGUGGUCAUGAGGCAGAGGCAAUCGAGUCUCGCACCUUGGCCCUAGCACAUUCCCUCAGCCAACAGCUCCAGACCACCUGCCUGGUUCUCGUCACCAGUCUGCAGGGCCUCCCCAGUCACAUACAGCAGGAGGCGCUCUCUCUCAGUCGUUCUGCCACACAACUCUACACCAACUUCAGCAAGGCUAAUGCGUUGGAAGACCUGCCGGAUAACCUGCUGACCAGUGCCAGAGUUAACCUGGGCAAAAUGAAAGAUUCCUUAGACAACGUCAUGGACUACCUGGUCAAUAACACGCCGCUCAACUGGUUGGUCGGCCCCUUCUACCCCCGCAUCCCAGAGCCGACUCGCACGCUAGGUUCUGCUGCCAGCAGCACACAAGUUCGGUCCUCCAGCUCUCCCUCCAGCCAGCCGCACUGAGGAGCGUGUGGAAGUUUAGACGGAGUCACUAUAUUCCCAGAAGCACUCGUGAUCCAUUACAGCGUCACGUCUUAAGUGAUAUAUUCUGCUUUGUAGGCAAAGACUUGUUGAAUGUUUAAUGUAUUAGGAUGUCAAACUGAUGUAGUUCUUUUUCAAACAAUGCUAUUUUAUACAUUUUUAAAUGUUUAAUUCUCGCUGUAAUCACAUCACCUGAAGUGUGAUUUGUCAAUUCAUGACACAAUUUUAUAAACAGAGGCAUUUACUGGCAGAACAUAAUCUUACAUAAACUUUACUGAAA